AUGGCAGAUCGUUCAAGAGUUCCAAAUACGCUUGAUAGUUUUAUGUACUAUCCUAAAAAUCCAACACCACCAUUUCCUGGUUAUGGUGUACCACCUACUUAUCUUCCAAAUCAAACAAAUGCUCAACCCUAUAUUGCACAAGUUGGACUUGAUCCAUGGCCAGUUAAUGUACCUGCUUAUCCUCAAGAAUACGAAACACAUUUCCCUUUGGGUACUGAUUAUUGGUGUACACCAGAAUAUAAACUUACUCCAAACAAUUUUAAUGCUAGCCAACCAACAUUAAUUAUACGUGAAAAUCGAGCUAAACCUGGUAUUAAACUUGCAUAUACUGAAAAAGGAGCAGAAAGUGAUCCUCGAGCAUUUCGUUCUCGUUAUGGUACACCAUCGGAUGUUCCAGGUCGACCAUAUUAUUCUCAACCAUGGUUGAUUGAUGAAAUUCGAAAACUUAAACAUUAA